UAGCGGUGGCGGCGGUGACGGGGCCGGGCAGAAUCAACAUCCGGCGAGGACGAUCAGAGAGAUGCGCACGUUUGUUCGGCGCUCGUCGUGGAACGAAGGAAGCCGUGAUCGCGAUUUUGGGACAUGAAAGGGAGAUAAAUGAUCGUGAGAGGAGAACGUGAGUGAAACGUCGGUAGUUUCGGGGGUGUUUAAAAGUAGAAGAAGAUCAACAACAACACGAACAAGAGAAGAGUACAACAGAAAAAGAGAAAGAGAAAAUUAAAGAAGGAAGGAAGGAAGGAAAGAAAAGGAAAGAAGUAAAAGUGACAACGAUUCGUAUUCCUGCUUUACGUUAACGCUUGUGUGCUGUUUACCCAUCUUUUCCUCCCUAUGUGGAAUAGUGUAACACAUAAAGGUCGGCGUGCAUCCCUACCCUUCUUUAUCUUGACUUUACUUGUGUGAUCCCAGGGAUCGGUCAUUUAGCAUCGAUCACGUCGGACAUUGGUACGAGAACGGAAUCAAAAAUUAUUAUACAUUGAUCGUAUAUAUUUAACGUUAUUAAUCUUUUCGUUUUCGCGAAUUGUUGUCGGUUAAAAGAAAAAAUUCCGAAAAAAGAGUGAUAAUAACAAAAGGGGACAAAAUGCAACGAAAAUAUAAUAUAAAGAACAAUACACAAUAGCUUAAAUCUCUCUUCGAUAGUAUCGAUAGUAAUCUUCCUUAUAACUUUAUUUUGUAUUUUUGUUUUUUUUUUUUUUUUUUAAAUUUGUUAAAGAAAAGAAAAAAAAGCAAGAAAAAAAGAAAGAAAGAAAUAAAGAGAGAGAGAGAGAGAGAAAGAGCUUGCGCGCGUGGUGCUUGCGCGGCCUCCAUUAUCUAUCUGUCUCUCUUUCUCUCCCUACCUCGGUCUUUUGCUUUCUCUCUCUCUCUCUCACUUAUUCCAAAGCGAGAAGAGAACCGGCGAAGCCGCGAAUCAUCGCAAAGUCCGCGCGACUCUUCUCCUACGCGGACCGCCGCCAAGUCGUCGUUCUCGUCCCUUUCCCUCGUUCCUUUCCUCGGCCCGCGCCUCCCCUCCCCACCAAUCCCGGCGAAAGAUAGUUCCUCGCGCGACGACGACUGCAAACACGGCGUGGACGGACGCAUCAUACACACGAGAAUCAUGUCGUCCGGGGCAGGCUCAAGUGGAACUGGAAGAGGUCGUGGUUCCUCAUUGGCAGACAAUAAGCCAGAAAAUAAAGAAACCAAGCCAAAUCCAAAGAUGUCGAAAGCUCUAGGAACUUCUGCUAAAAGGAUACAGAAAGAAUUGGCAGAAAUCACGUUAGAUCCACCUCCCAAUUGCAGUGCCGGGCCUAAAGGAGAUAAUUUAUACGAAUGGGUAUCUACAAUACUAGGUCCUCCGGGUUCUGUAUACGAAGGAGGUGUAUUUUUUCUUGACAUACACUUUUCUCCGGAAUACCCCUUUAAACCUCCAAAGGUAACAUUCCGAACACGUAUUUAUCACUGCAAUAUCAACAGUCAAGGAGUGAUCUGUUUGGACAUAUUAAAAGACAAUUGGUCUCCCGCACUUACCAUUUCGAAAGUGUUACUUUCUAUAUGCUCCCUUCUCACAGACUGUAAUCCAGCUGAUCCUUUAGUGGGUAGUAUAGCAACACAAUAUUUACAAAACAGAGAAGAACAUGAUCGCAUAGCACGGCUAUGGACCAAACGUUACGCUACAUGAACAUAUUUGUAAUACAUAUGUAACUCCUAUUAGUCUCAUGCCAAGUUCUCAUCAACUGCUGUUCUCAUGAAAACGUCUCACUCACUAACUAUUAUACAUAAUAAUCCAUGAUUAUACUGAUCGAGAAAAACUUUACGUGAAGACCUUUUGAGAUCAGCUUGACCAUGAUUGUGAUGUGCUUUGUUUCAAGGAUGUAAUGUGCCUAAGAUGAAUGGAUGUGUGUGCGAGUAUAAUGUGUUAGGGCAUGAAAUAGGAGUUUUUUCACCUAAAAAUUAUUGACAAGAUAGUAUUUAAAUGGAUUGUAUUGUACGCAAACACAAUACUAAGCCGAUAUUGCUAACAUUUGUAGGGUAGGUGAUAUCAUGAACAAUAUUAUUAAAAAAAAAAAAUAAAAACAACAAAUAAAUUAUAAGUCGAACUAGGUGCAUAGUUUGUAAAAUGUGAAUGUAGAAAAGUUACGAUUCUCCACGAUGUGUAAACCUACAUAUUUUUAUAUUUACUCAAUUUAUGAUAUUUUUUAAAUGAUCAUUUUAAUUCGAUUUUAAUCCCAUCGAAAUUGGCUAUAAACACCACGUCAUUAUGUGCACCUAUUUAAAAAUUUGUACCCAGUACAUCUCCAAAGAGUUUAUAUUGGUAUAUUCGCAAGAUCGAUUAAAUCCAAUUAUAAUAUUUGGGGCCACCUACUAAAUCUUUGUAACUGUAAAUAAAUAUCAUUUCCUGUAUAUUCAAACUCUAGUACAUUGAAGAAACUGCAAUUUCUAUUGUCUACAUCUGUAUGUAUAAAUUGUCUUAUUAGUCAUAAGUAUUCCGUAUUGUCUCCAUUACUUGUACUACUUUUCGUUGCUUCCUCUUUGGUAUUUGUACUUUUUUCUUUUUCUUUAGGAAAAUGGCUGUGCUACAAGACAAAUUGAGAUUUAUCUUACUCCUUUUUGUAAUUUCUUGUAAUAGCCAUUUCAUAUUCAAUGUGUUCACAGUGAAAGUACUGAAAUUUAUGUUUUAGCUAAAAAGAUAAUCCUUCUUUUUGGGAUUAUAUAUAUAUUAAUGAUCGAAUUUAUAGACGUUUUUUUUCGAAGUGAUUUUUUUCUAUAUACAUAUAAUUAAAAUACAUCUAUGACAAGAGACGAAAGAUAAUUACUUUUAAUGGCAAGGUGGACCGGCAGACCACUUUGUAAAUAAUUCUGAUCAAAGGAGUAAGUUGUCGCUUGGAAAACUGGGUGGUAAUGCGUGUGACUGCAAUUUAUAUACCUUGUAAUAAACAAUCAGUAAAACUCAAUUCAAUCGAAAAAAUUGUACAGUUUUGUGAUGUAAACUAAGCUUAUAAGAUUUUUCUCUUCGAUGUCAGAAUUCUCUUGUAAAUAUCACUACUGCGUGGAAUGACUUUGCAUGACGACGAGAUGAGAUUUAACUUAUCUCUCUUUCUCUCGCUCAUUUUUUCUUACCUCCAUUAUAGAUAUAUAAACUAUUUCAUGCAUAAUUUUACUCAGUUACUUGAGAAUAUCACUUGAGAAUAAUGUUAGGUAAACCUGGUUUUUGUAAACUGUUGAACGAGUAUACAAAUUUUGUAUGUUGCUUAGUGUGAAAGUGGCGCGGCGCAUUGAUUCUACUUAGGAAUUGUAAAUACGUCGAUAUACAUACACACAUAUUUGUCAAACGUGCAUUUGUUGUUUAUAAGAGUAGUAGUGGAAUAUAAUCAAUCUUGCUCUUCCUUAAUUAGAGAAAGAGAGCUGCAAAAACUAAAUACACGGAAAGAUAGAAAAAAGAAAAAAAAAAAAAACAAAAAAUUAUACGACUGUGGAAGUGCAUAAUGCAGUUUACCAAUUAAGUUUAAUAUUUUGUUAAAUAUGAUCCAACUGAGGAUCAUACUACGUUUGUAUUCUUUUUGUAACAAAUCAUCAGGGAAAAUGUUCCAUUCCAAGAAAAUAAUUAAUUCCAUUUCUUUUUAUUUUUAUUUUUAUUUUUUGUAAAAUGAUUUUUAUCUAUAAGUUCAUUGAUUAAAUCGCAUCUCGUUCAGUAAUCAUUAUCAGACAGAAAUAUUAUUUUGCAUAUUUUAAAUAUAAUUCGUAUGUUUCAAAGUUAGGCUGCAUUAUUCACAGAUAUAAACAUGCGCUAUUCGCAAAAACUAUUUAACUGAUCAAUGCGUAAAACGCGGAUUGUAAUCUCUUUUAUUUACUAAAAGAAAUGAAAAGAGGCUGCAACUUUAACGAUAUCAAAAUGUCAGAAGAAGACAAAGAAAUAAGAAAUCCACUAAUCCUAAUCAAUGAUGGAUGUUAGUCUGUUACCGAACGGUCUGCGUAAAUAUAAAUUACAAUUAAAUAAAACCGAUUAUAAACUUA